AUGACAGACGCGGAUUCGACAGAAUCCUGUGAGUUUAUAAAAGAUCGACUGUAUUUUGCAACUCUGAGAAGCAAGCCUAAAAGCACCUUUAACACACACUAUUUCUGCACGGAUGACGAAUUUGUCUAUGAAAACUUUUGUGCAGAUUUUGGCCCUCUCCACCUGGCGAUGAUAUACAGGUACUGCUGUAAACUCAACAAAAAAAUGAAAUCCUUUUCACUGUCCAAAAAGAGGAUUGUUCAUUAUACCAGCUGUAACCCCCAGAAGAGGUCCAACGGUGCUGUUUUAAUCGGUGCCUACUCUGUGAUCUGCCUGAAGAAGACCCCAGAGGAGGCUCACGGAGCCCUGCUGUCAGGGGCAGGAGCGUCCUACCUUCCGUUCAGGGACGCCUCAGUGGGAAUCAGCACGUACAGUCUGACAGUGCUGCAGUGCCUGCAGGGUAUCUGUAAGGCUCUGCAGUACGGGUUCUUUGACUUCGGGACGUUUGACGUGAACGAGUACGAGCACUACGAGCGUGUGGAGAACGGUGAUUUUAACUGGAUUGUUCCCCAGAAGCUUCUGGCCUUCAGUGGACCCCACUCAAAGAGUAAAACACUCAACGGUUACCCCCUGCACUCCCCGGAGGCGUACUUCCCGUAUUUCCGCCGGCACCACGUCACCGCCGUGGUGAGGCUCAACAGGAAGUGGUACGACGCGCGGCGCUUUGCGGGCGCCGGGUUCCAGCACUUCCACCUGUACGUCGAGGACGGCGGCACGCCCAGCGACCUCAUCACCCGCCGCUUCCUCCACGUGUGCGAGACCGCGGCCGGGGCGGUCGCCGUGCACUGCAGAGCGGGACUGGGCCGCACUGGCACUCUGAUUGGCUGCUAUCUGAUGAAGCAUUUCCGCUUCACCGCGGGCGAAGCCAUCGCCUGGAUACGGAUCUGCCGGCCUGGCUCCGUCAUCGGGCCCCAGCAGAACUUUCUGGAAGAAAAGCAGGCGUGGCUGUGGUCCCAGGGGGAUGUGGGGCGCUCCCGGCUGAGGCAGCAGUCAGAGAGGGGCUUUUCCCGCCUCAUGUCUGGGGUGGGCGGGCUCUCCCUCAGCCCCGCCCUCCUGCACCAAUCCUGCGACUCGGGCCACGCCCAGGAGGGCAGGCGCGGUUACGACAGCGUGAUUCUCACUCAGGGAGAUGGGCGGCUGUCGCGAAAGGGCUGUGGGAAGACCGGGGCCUCCAGAGCAGUUGCCGUUAGUGACAGUCUCUAA